AUGAACGACGCGCUGCCCGCCGUGAAAUUCGACUAUGAUUUUCUGCUGGCGCAGAACCGACCGUGCGACCUCUGUACUGAACCCUGCUUACCUGAAACAAAAUCGAUUCGAGUGCCGGCGUCUGAAUUGCCGUUCAUCGACUUCUUGACCUACUUGAAGAACAAGAGGCCCAACGUGGCAAAGUUUGCCCCGCAGCACCUCACCUACUUGUACUCGCUCUACAAUCAGUCUAGUAAUACGCAGUGUGUACAACACGAGUUUCAGGUCAUACACUAUUACACAUCUAAUGACAUGACUUUGGGAAACUUUUUGUUGGACGUCUGCUUCUCGGCGCGCAUACGUUGCAGCCGCGAGACUUGCCACCGCGCUAUAGAAGACCACGAGCAGUGUUUUAUGCACAACAGAGAUCGCGUGAACGUGGUAGUGAGGGCGUCAGAUGCAUCCGAUAUCGAGCUUAUUUCAAAUGCGACAGCGGUGCACCCACUGUCAAGCAAAAGCCAAGCAAGGAUACACACUUGGUCUAAAUGCAAGCGGUCUGUUGUCCAGGGUGAACCGACUGCCGUCCUCAUGUCUAGAGAGUCAUCUUCGUUUUCUUUUGGCAAGUUUCUAGAACUGUUGUUUUACUGUUCAAACGCGUAUUGCCUUCGCUGUGGCCAGCAUGUGUACAAAGACCACGUUCAUUAUUUUUCGUAUGCUGAUAGAGUGGCGGCGUUUGAGCACGAGAGCGUCGACAUCUUUGAAGUGGUCGUCCCGCCCAUUUUGCUGAAGUACGACCUGGAACCACUCCGCGAAGUUGCCCACAGGGAUCUUUUGGAGAUUUUCGACCUUUCGGAAAACAUCCACGUUCACAUCCUCCAAAAGCUGGAGGGCCUGCGAGAUAUUUGUCGUAACGCGGGUGGCGAGGAAGAGCAGCAAAAGAUCACCGCGACAAUUCAAGAAAGAGUGGAAGCUUACGCCGACACGCGUCAGCGUCUUAGAGCGGCCAUGUUGGACGGCAGAAACACUCGUUUGUUCGAAACGUCGAAGAUUCGACGCAGUGUUUGUCUAGACUCAGUCAACUGGAAUGACGUCAUAUUGAAGCUCGAAGCCGAAGUUCAGAAAAUAUUGAACUUCUCAAAGGGCUCCAAGCUAAACGCGAGCUCGGCUUUGCCGAGCGGCGAGGCGGCAUUAUCUAAAGGCAGAAAGGGUUCAGGAGAAAAGGCGGAAAACUUCACAGACGCUUUGGAGCAAAGGUCCGACUCGCAAGUCAUUGACAGCUUAACGAAUGGCGGCAGUUGCGGAGGAGGAGAACCGAAGCGGCGAGUGUCGGUAUCUGGUGGUGCCGAGGCGACAGAGGUUUCAAGCGGUGACAACACUGAAGAGCUGAAGGGUAUGGAAGUCGAGGGAACGGGCGAAGGGUGGCAGAGUGAGAAAGCCGCAAGUUUUGAUUCGUACCUAACUGAAAGGUGUAGAAAGUCAGGCUGUCAGUUGCGGGGGUCAAAGGAGGACACUUCACAGGGGGAUGUGCUGAAUUCGGACGGGCCACCGGUUUCACUAAGUCACCCUUUUGCCCCGUUGUCCGAGGUUUCUUCGAAUUUAGCUCAUGGGUUGAAUUUAAACAUGACGACUCCGGACAGCAGCUGCAAAAAUGGCGCGUCAGGCUUUACUACGGUGCCGCUGCAAAAGGCCAUGCAACGGUUCUUGGAAUUAAAGAAGAGCAGCAUCUUGGAGUUGGUCAAGGGCGGCCCGGCAUUAAUUUUGUCUUCGAAUGUCAAUUCGGAGUAUUGUGUACCGAUUUACGAAGGUGAACCCUCGAGCCUGAUUGCAUUUUUUCUGACGAGCGAGCAAUACGACCUCAAAACGAAGGAAUUCCUCGCUGCGCCUCGAGACGUCAGUUUCCAUAGAUACCAUUGCGAGCACAGUUUCAGAGGGAAUGGAGACCUCGACCAGUUGGAAGACACCGUCGGCGAUUCCGAGGCGGCCUUGGCGGCCUUAGACGAAAGUGACAGCCUUUAUAGUCGAAUCAUUUACGGACUGGUUUCUCCUAACCCGACCACUGUGAACUUAGAAUGGCAGUCUCCUCAAAUAUGGGGCGGGCCCGAAGUCUACAUUCAGUGCAAGGCGUACUUCGCACAGCAGUUUUCGUGGCUUCGGUGGCUGUUGGGUAUUCCGCACGAUAUCUUUGCGCAAUCCCUAUUGCGGUGCAGGCCUUGGAAGCCCAUAGGCGGGAAAUCGAACUCCGAAUUCAUCAAAACAAUGGACGGGCGCUUCAUCUUAAAGCAGGUCCAAUCGGUAGAAUUGGAGUCCUUUCUAGCGUCUGCUUUGAUUUACUUCGACUAUUUUUUGAAAGCCGUACUCCAGCAAAUUCCGACGGCUCUGUGCAAAGUCGUCGGCGUUUACAGCGUCGCGUGGAGCACGAGGGAGGGGAAGGCGCUCAAAAAAGCGGACUUCAUCAUGCAGGAGGAUUUGUUCUUUGGCCACUCGGUGGAAAAGGUGUUUGAUCUAAAAGGCUCACAGAGGUCGAGAUACGCCAAAAUAGGAAACGACUCCAAGGCGACCAAAUGUGUACUUUUGGAUGAAAAUUUUCUCGAAGCCAUGUACAAACAGCCGAUUUGUAUUGGAAGCAAAGGAAAGACGUUGCUUUCUAAGGCUAUUUGGAAUGACUCGCAGCGGCUGUCAUCGCUGAACGUAAUGGACUAUUCGCUACUGGUGGGGUUUGACAACACCAACAAGAAGCUGAUUUUGGGAAUCAUCGAUUACAUGAGGACCUAUACGUGGGACAAGCAACUGGAAACGUGGGUGAAGAGAAGUGGCAUUUUAGGCGGCAGCGGAAGUAAAGUGCCGACAAUCAUAUCGCCGAAGGAAUACAAAAAACGGUUUCAGGAUGCCAUAUGGACAUACUUUUUGUUUAUGCCCACUUCGUCGACCAAGCUGGUUUACAAGAAGUUUCUUUAG